AUGGACGAUAGUUGGCACUCUGGGCAAUCUUUACUUCAUCAUAAUCGCAAUAUUGUUUUGUUCAGCAAUCCACCACGAACAGACUAUAGUCAUCACCAACAAAUUCACCCUUUAGCAGUUCAACAACAUAAUCAUCCCCCAUUUGGUGCCUCUACUUCGAGAAAUGCUGCUUUGGUUGCGUCGGCAGAAUCUGCUGCUCAAAAUGAGUGUGUUACUGCUUGGGAACCUUUACAGUUGCGACAGGAAUGGACAAUUCACAACUUCACCAAAGCAUUGGAUUUGGCCACUUUUGGUACCUGCAUGCGUAGUCGCAAUUUUAGAGAUGAGAGCAUGCCUGACAUUUGUUGGCAACUUUGCUUAUAUCCUGGGGGUAAAAGAGAGGAGAAUUCUGGGAAUGUUUCUCUUUUUCUGAAGAUGUCGACAACUGAGAACCAGAGAGAGUUCACUGUCCGUGCUGAGUAUCGUUUCUACUUUUUGGAUGACACUGGCGCUGCUCGCUUUAGCAAUGUGAAUACUGGCGAUUUCAAAGUCAAACCAGCCAAAGGAUCACACUCUUGGGGCCUUAGAAAUAUUCCUCGUCAAAAAGUUCUCAACUGUAUUCGCUCAAACAAUUCUCUCCAUAUCGUCUGUCAAAUUGAGCUAGUUCCGGAUUUUAAUAAAUUGCAAACACAUGUGCGUCGUGAACAUCGAAUUGACCCGAUAAUUCUAACCAAAGAAUUUUUGGAACGUAACCACAAAAUGUUUAUUUCUGGUGAAGGUUCAGACUGUAUUGUUGAAUGUGGUAAUCAAGAAUUUCCUGUGCACAAGUUUGUUUUGAUGGCCCAUUCUGAUGUUUUUCGUGCAAUGUUUAAUCACAAAGAUACUUUGGAGAGUGUUGAAUCUCGUAUUCGAAUUACAGAUUUUGGGCCGGAGACUGUUCAUCAAAUGCUUACUUAUAUGUAA